CCUUUUCACACUUUCUUCUCCCUGCCCCAUGCCCCAGCUCCACCCAUUUUUUCCUGUCCUGGGGUUUCAGCUGUAUUUAAUAAGGUCUGGAUCAAGAUAGAGACCAGAAGAGUCAAGAGACGAAAUGGGGAGAAGUGCUUGACCACUGGAGGCUGGUGGCACAGGAUGUGGGAAUGCAAUGUGGAGGGAGCGGUGGCUUCCCUGCUCAGUUCCAACUGCAGAAGACACUGUGAGAACAGAACAUCAAAAGCGUCAGCUCUCACAGGAAACAUUUUGGAUCAAAAUGCCACUCUUCAGAACAAAGGGAGAAUUUCUUCCUGUCCUUUGUGAUUUCAGUGCAGCUACUCCUGUUGGAUACACAGUUCAGGCAGAUACAGGCUCGUGUCUCAGCAGGGCGGAAAUAUUACAGAAGUGUUGCGCUGAAUGCUUAAAUAAUCAACUUGUAACCAAGAGCAUUUGCAGGAGUGCACAUUGUGAUACACAUUAUACGCUGCUUCUUGCUGUUGGGCUGGUACCCUGCAAUCAGACCCCACAGAUGGGCUCGCAUAACGUUUGCUGAGUCUAAAACUUUUUCUGUACAUAAAAAAAUCACUAAAACCCCAUUUUCAGCAUCAUAUGCCAGAUGCUAGCCUGUCUUUGAAUGGCUGAAUUCUUGCUUUUUUACAACAUGUUGCAAAAUUGAUUCCAACUGAAGCACAGAAUUUACAGCAAUUUAGGAGAAGAGUGAAGACUGUCUGAUGAAGCCCCCACCCAAGUCAGCAUUCUGAGAUGAAGACACCCUGGUUAGGUGGUGCAGUCCUUUCAGAUGAGGCCAGGCUUGUGUAACUUGGGUUUCAUUGAGAAGCAUGUAGCCAUCUGAACCAUGCAUUGAGAACCAGUCUUUGCUCUGAUGUGGGAUUUUUGCUGUGGCCAUCUGGCAGGGGACUUCAAAUCUUAGUGGUUGUUGAAAUUCUGGAGGAAACAUCAGGAGUUAAAAUGCCCUUUUUUUGGAGGUGUAACACUACCGACUCAUUAGUUCACAGCUGCCCUGACAUUUUAUCAACAGGAGAAGGGAGCUGCACAACUCGGGAUCAACACAGUAAAUACUGAAGGACAAACGAGUUGGCCACACCACUGUUUCAGUAUAGUUCCAUCUUGGUAACAGAGAACUCUGGUGGUGCCUCUCUGUGAGGAGGUUUCCAGGGUGUUUUCUCUGCAGGGUGAGGAUUUUGCAACUGGGGGAAGAGGAGAGAAGAGGAAGGCCUAGCUGGGGAAAUAAGGGCAUCUGUGAAGAAGCUGGCUGAGCAGCACAGGAGCUGCAAGAACGUUUAUUUGACUCCCUGUUUCUGAAGAAAGGUCAGCAGCAGCUAUUGUGGUGUGGUGGUGAUUUAUUCAGUCCAGCUGCUGGUCAAGGUUUGGACUAAGCUGUAGGGCUUCUUCCUAUUUUUUGACAGUGAUUCUGUUAUUACACAUACAGGAAACACCUUGAGGGAGUCAGGCAGGGAAACAUGCUUAAUUUGAAAUUCAGCAGCUGAAACGGUGUCAGUGCUGGUAGAGCAGCAAGCAGAGACUGGAGGGCAGUGUUGUGGCUUGUGCUGCAGCCUUCAGCAUGCCCUCAGGCAUUUCUCAGCCCUGAAGUUCAGCUCUGAAACAUAUGUUGACCAGUCAAGGGAUCCAGCAACUGAUUGGUUCACUUCUGUGUUAUUAUGGGCUGCAUGGAGAAUUUAAUGUAUUAGUAAAUCAGAGAUAACCAGUAAAUUAUAGUAGAUGCUAGGAUCCAUUAGGCAUUCAGGCUCCGAACAGGGCAGGCUGGGCUUAAAGACCACCAGACAGCUCUUCUGGGUGCACUUUUGUCCGCUAGAUCUCAGACAGACAUCAGUGAGGUGGUGUGAUGUGCACAGGUGUCAAGCUUUCAAAAGCAGCCAGCAUUGUGUUUUCGGUUGGGCAGCUGCCGGGAUGUGCUGCACAUGGUGGAAGCCCAGCCUCUGCUCUGCGCAAGCGUGGCACCUGCCUGGGGCCUGUCAGACCCCUGUCUUUCAGCAGCUUGGAUGUUGCUCCUGUCACUCAGCUCCAAAAAGGCCCACGUAGGUCAUUCCUGAACCGUGUGGCACUGAUAAGCUGCCAGGCGCUGUGCAGCAGAUGAGCUUGUCAGAGAUGUGCAGUGUGGACGUGCUGAGUAGAAACAGAUUGGUUAAUUCUUUUUUAAUAUCCAUUUCUUCAAGAUGCUCCUGCCCUGGUCUGUGCCUUUAGAAGCGUGGCGCUCAUUGGUGCUAGGUGCAGCCUGCUGCAGGACAGGCAAUAUCGUCACGCAGCCAAGAUGGUGGCAUUUAACUGGAAGGCUUUGGAGAAUUUCCCAUUGCUGAUGUACAUUUUGGCAGCUAAAACAUUGAUUCUUUGCUUAGCAUUUGCUGGAGUAAAAAUGUACCAGAGCAAAAAAAUUGAAGAAAAACUGAAGAGGGAACGUGAAGAGAAAUUGAAAACAGAAGCAGAGAAGAAGGAUGAUUGAAGAGUCUUCUCAGAUUUUCUGACACUUGGCAGCUUGCAUUGGAUUCCUUUCCUGGGAGAUCGAAGCCUUCCUGUAGAUGAAGGAUGUGUCAAAGGAAUAAAACCCUCAAGGGUAACAUUCACUUAAACUGUAUCUCAACUUUUUAUAUGUACAGCAAAAUAUCUAAGCCUCUAUUUAUGCAAUAAAAAAAA